CGUACGUUACUUUUCAAGCUAAAAACAGUUCUUUUUGUAUAGCCGAAGUGUGAGGGCGUGUGGCGUGCGUUGCAAUAGCAAAAGCUGCAAAAGUUUUAAGAAAUAAGCGUUUGUCGCUGGCAACUGUUUAGAAAUCGAGUGCUGUUCGGUUUGAAGUGUGUAUUUUCAUAAAUUAAACAGCAGUAAAUAGUGCACAGGCGUGUUCCAAAUGUCGCACCCAUCGACACGACACCGUCCCCGCAGAAGAGUUCAGUGAAAGUGUUGAAUUUUUAAUGUAGUGUUUUACAGCAAAAAACCGCACGCACCCUCUGUGCCUGUGUUCCUCCGGCACCCAACGAUUGCUAAACUUCUUUGCCGGUGCUGAAAAGUUUUGUUGCGUGUAUUUAGUUUUGUUGUUUAGUUAGUUUUCGUUUCGUUUAAUAACCGUCCCGUGCGCCGCGGUUUUGCAAAUAAGAAGCAGCUUCACAGCACUCGUUCUGUGUUCUGUGUGUUAAUGUGUUUCUGUGCCGCUUACUGUGCCCAUUACCGCAAGCAAAGUUUGCGCAUCCUCUAGCAUUCGACCAAUUUUUGUCCGCUCCAGCAACAAACGGUCACGAGCGUCGCGGUGACACGGUGGCAAUCGCAGUAAGCUUCCGAACGGCAUAAGAACCACGUCAAUCAUCAACAUCACGCGCGCUUCAGAAUAUUUGCCUGUUCCCACUGACCGAGUGACCGAUAAACCGGUCAGGCAGGGGCAGCAGCGGUAAAAGGAAGCAAAAAUCAUCCAAAUCGACAGGCACCGAACGAUUCGGGCCCGGGGUGGAAAUUGUCUAUCGCUCGGCUGCGUUGCUGGCCCCCUGCCAGGCGGGCACCGUAAUCAUCAUCAACAGCGUCAUCAUCAUCAUAGUCGACACCUCAACGAUAUUGGUGUGGCGUGAGGCAAUUACACCGGUGAAAAAGCAUUGAAGAACGGCCGGUGGGGUGGGGGGUGAAAAUCAAAUUCACACACACGCGCACGCACACACAUAAAGGCGCGCACAACACCUCCCGAGUGAGUUGAACGAGCGAAUGGACAAGCAUCAACCGGGGCUUUAGCUCUCAUGUUAGGCAAUUAAAUAAAAUGCGAUCAGUCGCAAAGCAGCGUUGAUCACACGAUCAUGUUCGAGCGCCGGCCGGUUCUGGGUGUGCUGGGUUGUCUGACGCUCGUGCUGACGAUAUGGCAGAUCUCACCGCGCGAUGUAACCAUCUACCGGGAGGCGACCUCUCCAUACCUACCAUCCGGUCAUUCGCCUCUCACCGCAUCGGUAUCCUCCGGGAAGCAAGUGGAACAGCAAAAGCUCCCGUACGAUAGCGAUGAAAGCAAUGCCAUCGAUGGCAGGAAAUCGCUCGUCGAUGUGUUACCACCGUUCGGCUACAGCAGCAGAGAGUUUAGCAGUGGCGGAACCAGCGGUACAUAUCUGAUAAAUCAAACGUCACCGGGUUGGUUGGUGGCCGCGGCAGCCGCUGCUGUUGCUGCAUCACCUAUCGGCAUCCGCACAAUUACACCCGGCCGCUACCGAUGGAAUGGUAUCGAACGGGUGCGAAGAAGAGAGGAGGUGGAGAGCAACGGUGCGGAGGAGCAGCCGGUCUCUUACAAAGCUCCUAGCCCUAGUAGCAGUAGCAUUAGCAGUAGUACACAGUCGACAGCAUCGUUAACAGUAGCUAGUACGUGGAUAGAUUCGUUGCCAAAUGAUGACUACACUAGUCUGAUCGAUCUGAAGGACUUUAAGUUCACGAUAAACUAUGAUUACUGCGGGACGGGGUCGGUUGGAAACAGCAGAAGACGUAGCCUUAAGCGUGCAGAUGCCUUACGGGGCACGCGGUCACCUGCGACGGCGUCGCCACCGCUAGUGUUAGUUCUAAUCCACUCGGCGCCCGCCAAUCUGGCCAAGCGCAAUACGAUCCGUGCGACCUGGGGCGAACCGGACGACCGGGCUCGUCUCAUCUUUCUCAUGGGCGCGGUCAAUUCCAGCGCUAGCCAGCGUGCCAUCGAGCGUGAAUCGCGCCUGCAUGACGAUAUUGUGCAGGGAAGCUUCGUCGAUGCGUACCGCAACAUGACGUACAAGCAUGUGAUGGCACUGAAAUGGUUCGUCUAUCACUGCCCCGGUGCGCACUACGUGCUCAAGACGGACGACGACGUGUUCAUCAACACGCCCGUGCUGUACAACGCGCUGGCGCGGGUUGUGCCGCAGCGUAACCUGCUGCUGUGCCAGCUAGUGACGAAGCUGAGCGUUAAGCGGACGCACCGGUCGAAGUGGUUCGUCAGCUGGCGCGAAUACCCGGCCCGCUACUAUCCACCGCACUGUCCAGGCUAUUCGAUCCUUUACUCACCGGACGUGGCGUGGCAGCUGUACCGCGAAGCGCAGCGUCAACCGUUCUUCUGGAUCGACGAUGUGCACAUCACUGGGACGGUGGCACAGCAGGUGAACGUUACCAUCACGCCGAUGGACGGUCUGUAUCUCGAUAGCGAAGCGAAGAGCGACCUUCUCGGUAACCGGGUUGAUGCUAGCCGUACGGUGUUCUUUUUUACCAACCCAAACCUUUCGAUGGAUGAGAUUCAACGGCUCUGGGAAACGGUUCGUCCUCGUCGAUAGCAUGCGCACACCGUCUUACAUAAUGUUUUGUGAUAAGGAGUUUGAGAGUACCUCGUGAGGCAAAGGAUUGAGUUUUUUUUGCAAAAUUAUUUUCACACAUGCACAUUUUUUAUGUUAUUUUGAUUGGUUCACUCAGAAUUGAGAUAAAGUGCUAUAUAUGUUAUGUUUUUUCUAUUACUUAUCACGCGUUUAUGGUUUAUAUUACUAUUUUUUUAACUCCACUAAGGUUAUCUACUUCUUUCGUACACUUUAUGUUCAUUUUCUAUCGAAAAGUAUUCAAGUUUAUAGUGUUGAAUAUGAAUUCCUUUUAAUAUGUCCUUGAAAUGAUUGAAGAAAAGUUCCUUAAGCCACUCAGUGUUUCAUCCAAAAUAUGUAUAUCGCAAAUGUGAUGGUUAUGUCAUUUUCGGCUGUUUAUUACACAAAGGUAAAGCUGAUCCGUAUCCCGCGUGGGUUUAGUUUUCUUUCUUAAUAUUCGCACUGUAUCUUUCUAACGCAACAAAAACAUUCAUUUGCCCAUGUAUGCAUUCAAUAGAGCAGCUCCCGGAUGGAAGUAAUAAAUAACUUGUGCAUUCUAGAAAGUAAAAACAGCAUCUAAACCAAAACAAACUAACUAUAAGGCGAACAGAAGAAUGAACAAACUUGCAUAGGCAUAAUGUCUUGGAAUUAGAAAAAUGCAAUCCAACGCUCAAAGAUCUUAAUAGGAAAGAUAGUGAAAUAAACCGUCGUAUGUAUUGUGUUAACGAUAAAUGAAAGCCAUAUAUUUAUAAACCGUAGGACUCGCACUGCUGCUCAGGAUCGGGAUAGGAUCGGUGCGCGCGCAAAACAGACUGUGUGAAGAAAACAAAAAAUCCGUGUGCACAACUAGGAAUCUAAUACUUAAAAGAACUUGUCGACUGUUUUAAAAGCUAGCUUGUAGCAUUAACGAAUUGUGCUAUGAUUCAAUCGACCGAUCAUGUGCACUAUUUAGAACUAUGUUUCAAGAGAUAGAACGGAAUAUGCAUAGGUUGUUGGAAAUGAAAGGAAUACGAUAGAAAAAUAAGGACAAAUGAACGUUAACAUAAAGCGACCAUCACAAAAUGGACAGAAGUGGAAUUAAAAACUGACAUUUACGAACGUUACAGUGAGUCACGGCGUCCACGUGGACGGGUACUGUAUAUAAAUGAAACAAACCUAAGAGCUUUGAAUCGAUUUACAACUAUUUUGUUAAAUUUUGUGAUUUUUGUGAUAAAUGUGCUAGGUUUAUUGUGUAGAACGGCAUGCUGAGAGUUUUCUGUAUAUGGUUCAAUGGUUUUAGAAGCUCACUAAGAAGAGGAGUUAGAAUUUUAUUUGUGUCAUGGCUUAAGUUUACCGCUUGUUGCAAGUUAGUUAACAUUUUUUCUAUUUUUUUCGUUUUGUUUAAUGGGAUUCCGAGACCGAUUUGUUGCGUCAGUUUUAUCAAUAUAAGCUGGAUUUUGGUUGUUGAAGAUUUUUUUUUAACUCAUGGCACACAAUUAAACAAAUGGUCCCUCUAAUCAGCUGCGCACUAGGCAUAAAUAGUAUCAAAUGCACUAAACGUUAGCAAACAUUUAUUAUCUUGUUCUUCAGAUCCAUUUUCCUUCACGCGUAAUUUUAUAGAUCGUGCUCUUAAACGCACCGUUGCAGUAGCUUGUUAUUGAGGCAAAACAGUAGUGUGGUCAAGAAAACAAAAUAUAUAUGUAGAUAAGCAGAAUAGGUUUCCAAGUUUUCUAUUCCAUUUCCUUCUUUCCAGCGAGAACUGAGUACAAUCUAAAUUCUACAAAUGAGCGCGUUUACUCGUCAUUCAAAAGUAUAUAACUGCAAGAAGUUGUAAGAAAUGUGCGGGGCGGGAUAGCAAAUGUAGGAGAAAUUAACAUUAACAUCUUCCAACGUUUCGUAGUAUUUCCAAUUCUAGCGCAAACGUGUAUUAAAAUCUCGGCUAGCCGGCGUUGCCGUGUCGGUUGAGACUAUUGAGAAUAAUCAAGAACUUUAUUCGGUACAUUUUUUUUCUCCAUCAACUAAUGAGAUUGGUAGGGCACAAUGUACUAAUUCUGACAUACUGUAGCAAAACCUGACGUUCGAGUAUCUCUUCUCAUGUUAAAAUAUUAUUCAAUCUUUGGGAGCAAUACGAUACAACUAGGGUCAUACUGCAAGGAAAAAAAAUCGUCGUUCAAAUGAAGAUCAAACAUACAUAAAGAAAGAAAUUUACCUAACCGUUAAUGUAGCUAGAUAAAAACCUCUAUUUCUUGUUAGUGUAGCAUAAAGUACGGGCGAAAGUGAAGGAAUAGUAAACGAAAUGAUAUUGAAAUUGAAUGAACAAAAAUUAGACGAUUGAUACUGAUGUGAAUGUAUUGAUAUAUUUUAAAAAGUUUAUUGUGCGAAACAGAGGAAAAGUGAUUGCAGGUUAGGGUUCGGAAUGGAAAUGUUGGGCAAAAGAAGUUGAUACCGAUAGCAAUCCUCGAACUGUAAUUUCUUGCGAAGAAACGACUGCGAAACAUGUAGUUUGUAUGCCGGCAAAGAAACAAACAAAGAAAAGUGCACGUGAGCAAAGGUAAA